GCAGGCGCAGACUGGUCGCUCCCAGCCGAGUGGCGGGAAAGGCUGCGACCCCGCACCUCAGAGCCGCUGGCUCUGCGAGGCUUCAGAGGACUCGCGGAGAGCGGGGAGGGGAACGUGUAGGCAGGACAACUUGCUGGAGUCAGUUCCCUCCUACCGUGUAGGUUCUGUGGUAACUCAGGUUACCAACCUCAGUGGCAAGCAUCCUUACCACUGAGCUAUCUCGUCAGCCCAAAGCUAGGACUUCCAACUCCUGUGGUACAUCCAGACUAGGAGGGCUGCAUGAGGAAACUGUAGAAGAUGGAGGAGGCCGUCUGACCCCUCCCAAGGCUGCAGAGGUCUCUGAGUCCCACAGGCCUCCCCGUUUCCAUCUGCCAUCCCCACUGCCCGUUCCGCUAGUUGGGCCUCUGGUGUAUGGACUUGUACAUGAUGAACUGCGAACUUCUAGCCACUUGUAGCGCCCUUGGGUACUUGGAAGGAGGCACUUACCACAAAGAGCCGGAUUGCCUGGAGAGUGUGAAGGAUCUGAUCCGGUACCUGCGGCAUGAGGACGACACCCGAGACGUGCGGCAGCAGCUGGGAGCUGCGCAGAUCCUGCAGAGUGACCUCCUGCCGAUCCUCACGCAGCACCGCCAGGACAAGCCUCUCUUCGAUGCUGUGAUCAGGCUGAUGGUAAAUUUGACUCAGCCAGCCUUGCUCUGUUUUGGCAGCGUGCCUAAGGACCCCAGCGUCCGACACCAUUUUCUGCAGGUUCUAACCUACCUGCAGGCCUACAAAGAGGCCUUUGCCAGUGAGAAGGCAUUUGGAGUCCUCAGCGAGACCUUGUAUGAGCUGCUGCAGCUGGGCUGGGAGGAUCGGCAAGAAGAAGACAACUUGCUGAUUGAACGGAUCCUUCUGCUGGUCAGAAAUAUUCUCCACGUCCCAGCCAACCCUGAGCAGGAGAAGAGGAUCGACGAUGACGCCAGCGUCCACGACCGGCUUCUUUGGGCAAUUCACCUCAGCGGCAUGGACGACUUGCUCCUCUUCCUGUCCAGCUCGUCCGCUGAGCAGCAGUGGAGCCUCCACGUGCUGGAGAUUGUCUCCCUCAUGUUCCGAGACCAGAACCCUGAGCAGCUAGCCGGCGUAGGGCAGGGACGCUUGGCUCAGGAGCGAAGCACGGACGUGGCAGAACUGGAGGUGCUGCGCCAGCGGGAGAUGGCGGAGAAGAGAGCUCGGGCCCUCCAGCGAGGAAACAGGCACUCUCGAUUCGGGGGCUCCUACAUUGUCCAGGGGUUGAAAUCUAUUGGGGAGAGGGACGUCGUCUUUCACAAAGGCCUGCACAACCUCCAGAACUACAGCUCGGAUCUGGGAAAGCAGCCCCGGAGGGUGCCGAAGCGGCGACAGGCUGCCCAGGAACUGUCCGUCCAUCGCCGCUCGGUCCUGAAUGUGAGGCUCUUCCUCAGAGACUUCUGCUCUGAGUUCCUGGAGAACUGUUACAACCCGCUCAUGGGCGCAGUCAAGGAUCACCUGCUUCGGGAGAGAGCUCAGCAGCACGAUGAGACCUACUACAUGUGGGCGAUGGCUUUCUUCAUGGCCUUCAACCGAGCCGCCGCCUUCCGCCCCAGCUUUGUCUCGGAGACCCUCAGUGUCCGCACCUUUCACUUUGUGGAGCAGAACCUCACCAACUACUAUGAGAUGAUGCUGACGGACCGCAAGGAGGCCGCCUCCUGGGCACGCAGGAUGCACCUGGCCCUGAAGGCCUACCAGGAGCUGCUGGCCACGGUGAACGAGAUGGACGCGUGCCCAGAUGAGGCUGUGAGGGAGAGCAGUCGCAUCAUCAAAAACAACAUCUUCUAUAUGAUGGAGUACCGGGAACUAUUUCUGGCACUCUUUCGAAAGUUUGAUGAGAGAUACCAUCCACGCUCUUUCCUUCGUGACCUGGUAGAAACCACGCACCUCUUCCUCAAAAUGCUGGAGCGCUUUUGUCGGAACCGUGGGAACCUGAUGGUGCAGAACAAAAGAAAAAAGCGAAAAAAGAAAAAGAAGGUUCAGGACCAGGGUGUUGCUUUCUCACAUAGCCCUGAGGAACUGGAGGCCCUGUGGCCAGCCCUGGAAGAGCAGCUUCUGCAGUGCGCCCAGGACCCCGAGCUCAGUGUGGACACCAUUGUUCCCUUCGAUGCGGCCUCAGAGGUGCCAGUGGAGGAGCAGCGCGUAGAAGCCAUGGUGAAGAUCCAAGACUGCCUUAGGACCGGCCAGGCCCCGCAAGCCCUGGCCCUCCUGCGGUCUGCCCGGGAAGUGUGGCCUGAAGGAAAUGUGUUUGGCUCUCCAGUCAUUUCCCCAGGGGAAGAAAUGCAGUUGCUGAAACAGAUCCUGUCCGCGCCCCUUCCCCGGCAGCAGGAGCCGGUGGAAGGAGAUGCAGAGGAGGAGGAGGAAGAGGAGGAGGAGGAGGAGUUACAGGUGGUCCAGGUGUCCGAGAAGGAGUUUAGCUUUUUGGACUACCUGAAACGCUUCGCAUGCUCGACCAUCGUGCGGGCCUACGCACUCCUCCUGCGGAGCUACCGGCAGAACAGUGCGCACACCAACCACUGCAUCACCAAGAUGCUGCACCGGCUGGCCCACGACCUGGGGAUGGAAGCCUUGCUUUUCCAGCUCUCCCUGUUCUGCCUCUUCAAUCAGCUGCUUAGCGACCCGGCUGCUGCAGCCUACAAAGAGCUAGUGACGUUUGCCAAAUACAUCAUUGGCAAGUUCUUUGCAUUGGCUGCAGUGAACCAGAAAGCGUUUGUGGAGCUGCUGUUCUGGAAGAACACCGCAGUGGUUCGGGAAAUGACCCAGGGAUAUGGCUCCCUCGACAGUGGGUCUUCCAGCCACAGAGCCCCUGCGUGGAGCCCUGAGGAAGAGGCCCAACUUCAGGAACUAUACCUCGCCCACAAGGAUGUGGAAGGUCAGGAUGUAGUGGAAACCAUCUUGGCGCACCUGAAAGUGGUUCCUCGAACACGCAAACAGGUCAUCAACCAUCUGGUUCGGAUGGGCCUGGCCGACAGUGUCAAGGACUUCCAGAGGAAAGGGACCCAGAUCGUCUUGUGGACAGAGGACCAGGAGCUGGAGUUACAGCGGCUCUUUGAGGAGUUCCGGGACUCCGAUGAUGUCCUUGGUCGUAUCAUGAAGAAUAUCACAGCCAAACGCUCACGGGCUCGAGUUGUGGAUAAACUGUUGGCCCUGGGGUUGGUGUCUGAGCGGAGGCAGCUAUACAAGAAAAGGAGAAAGAAGCCGGCGCCUUCUUGCACGCAGAAUGGAGCAGAGUCCCAGAAAGACUCUUGGCAGGACGAUCCAGAAGAGGAAGAACACUUGUCAGAGGGCGAGAGUGAAGAUGAGGAGAGCGAGGACGGCUUGUCAGCAGGACAGGUUCAGGGUGGCUCCUCUCUCUCUGCCAAAAACCUCGGUCAGAGCCUGCGCCAGGAAGGCCUCUCUGCUCCCCUCCUGUGGCUCCAGAGCUCCCUGAUUCGUGCAGCAAAUGACCGAGAAGAGGAUGGCUGCUCCCAGGCCAUCCCUCUGGUGCCUCUGACAGAGGAAAAUGAGGAAGCAAUGGAGAACGAACAGUUUCAGCAUCUGCUGCGCAAGCUAGGGAUCCGGCCGCCCAGCUCAGGCCAGGAAACCUUCUGGCGAAUUCCAGCCAAACUGAGCUCCACCCAGCUCCGGAAAGUGGCUGCUUCUUUGAGUCAGCGAGAAAACGAGGAGGAAAGAGAAGAGGAGCCAGAGCCAAAUCCAGGACAGCAGCGUCCCCGUGAGCAGAGUCCUCGUGAGCAGAGUCCUCGUGAGCAGAGUCCUCGUGAGCAGAGUCCCCGUGAGCAGAGUCCCCGUGAGCAGAGUCCUCGUGAGCAGAGUCCUCGUGAGCAGAGUCCCCGUGAGCAGCACCGAGCCGGCGCCCUGAGAGCCCUCUUGUCAGCCCGUAAGAGGAAAGCAGGCCUGGUGUCUGCAGAAGAGGCGGCCCCUGGGGAGGAAGACUGGAAAUCAGUGCCUAAGAAGCGGCAGCUGCUGGACAGCGACGAAGAGGACGACAAUGAGGGGGACAGACAAGCAGCAGUGUCAGGAACUCCAAGAAUCCACAAGAAGAAACGGAUUCAGAUUGAGGAUGACGAUGAGGAUGACUGAAAGCCAGACGCCUUUGACCACACGAGUGGAAGGCACAGGAGCUACUUUGCCUGGGCUGAAAGCAAUCUUCUCAAUCUUCUCAACGUUUUGGGUGGAGUCUUUGCAGUAAGCCAGUGUGCACAGCUGGUCUCUGGAUCCGUCUGUAGCAAAUAAGAGUGGUGAAACGUUGAAGGCGGCCUGGACUACUCUCUGGACUGCUCCUGGCUUCCUUCAGACGGGGAGCUCUGUGACAUAGGACCUGAGUGUUCCUACCGCCCUCACAAGGCCCUGGAUUCCUGCCAUGGACUUCCCAGUGGUUGAUCCCAGGACACAUGAUUGAGCCCGUUUCUGCAGUUGAGGUACAGUUGUGAUGCACUGCCCUCAGGCUUGACUUGUGUUUCAUAUUAAACAUGUAAACUUAACAGUUGCUGAUCUCAGAGCGACCAGCCAGUCAUCUGUUGUCUUUGGAAGAACUUUAAGAGCAAAGUUAAAAGACGUUUCCUGAACUGAGCGUGGUAGCGUAAGCUUUUGAUCCCAGCAUGUGGGGGAUAGAGGCAGGAGGAUUGCCACGAGGGAGAGGGAAGAGAGUGGCCCACACCUGGGACAGUAAAUGUAAUUUUUUUUUAAAAAAAAAUUCAGCCUGACAAUAAAUGUACUUUUAAAAAGA